UCUCGAGAAUCCAGAUCCGGGCUUUCGAGUCCUCCUUCCAACUGUGACAAAAAUUUCUCAUCGAGAUUAUGACACCGCGUUACGUAUCCAGGGAAGUUUUUCGCGGACAAUGAGAACAUGUUGACCGGUCGUUGUUUCUUAUCGCGCGAGGGUUAUCGCAACGUCGGUUUGUACUUGCGAUUACAAUUUUAAGAAGUCGACGGUGCGAAAAGUGCUCUAAAUUGGAUCUGCCCGAAUCGAGGUUGAUUCCAACAGAAUCGUGACGGCGUUUGUCGUAUUCGUGUCACUUCCGUUGCGGUGAAAGUUGUGCGGAAGGAAAGAGAGGGUGUCGCAGGACUAGGUAUUGGAUUCGCGAGAAAACAAGAGAAAAGAUCGCCCGGUUUCGCUUCCACAAUUUGCUCAACGAUUCAUCGAAGCGUGGGUGCGAGUCUCGCGCGACUUCGGCGAAGAAUUUUCUUAUCGACAGCGAGCGCAUCGCGAGAUAAAUCAUACCAGAAGACGUCUUCGAACCGAUAACAUCAUUUGCGCUCGGUGCACGGAGAUGAAUCCGUUUUGCUGGACGAUCCUGCUGAUCGUAUCGAUUUCCGGUACGCGCACGUACGAGAAGCUGAGGAGCAUCCACGCGUGGAAGAGAUUGGAAUACGCGUUUCCAAACGAGCUUGCCAGGCAGAACGCCAUCAAAAGUGGAGAGUUCGUACCUGGUGCUGCUGUGCCCAUCGACGUCGACGUUUACAACGGAGGCCACCAGUCGAGGAUCUUUGUCACCACUCCGAGGAUCGAGAACGGUAUACCUGCUACGUUAGGCUGCGUCAUCGAUGACCAGACGCUGGAUGGAAAUCCCAUGAUCGCGCCGUACCCGAAUUGGGGUUACAACUCUCUGGGAAACUGCGACUCGAUCACCAGUGUCUACAGAAUGAAGAUAGACGAGUGCGGUCGCCUGUGGGUGCUCGACACAGGAAAGGUAGGGGACAACUACGUUUGUCGGCCGCAGAUCCUCGUGUUCUCUUUGGAAACGAACGAGUUGAUCUCCAGGUACAGAUUUCCCCGGGAUCAGUACAAGGACGACUCUCUCUACGUCACCGUAGCCGUCGACGUCCGCGAUCCUCAUCAGCAGUGCAAAGACACGUUCGCCUACAUCGCCGACGUCACAGGAUUCGCGUUGAUCGUUUACGAUUACCGCAACUCGCGAUCCUGGAAGAUCGUCAACAACUUGUUCUACCCCUAUCCACCGUACGGCACCUUCGACAUCAGGGGUGAAACGUUCGAUUUGAUGGACGGCAUCCUGGGACUCGCCCUGGGACCCAUGCACCACGGCGACAGAACUCUUUACUUUCAUUCUUUGGCCAGCAGGGUCGAGUCGUGGGUGCCUACGUCGGUGAUUAGAAAUCACACCAUGUUUGACGGGAACGCGGAGGCUUCGGCAAGGUCGUUCGUUCCGUUUACGUUGGAAAGAUCUUCCCAGUCGGCAGCACAGGCCAUGGAUCGUAACGGAGUCCUCUUUUACGGUUUGUUAUCGGAACUGUCGAUUGGAUGUUGGAACAGCAAAAGUUACCCCGAGUACGGAGGUAGUCAUAACGAGGUCGUCGUCACCGACCCUGAGACCUUGCAGUUCCCUGCUGGUAUGAAGAUCAUAACUUCGAAGAACGACAGGCAGGAGAUCUGGGUCCUGACGGCGUCCUUCCAAAAGUACAUGACUGGCUCGUUGAAUUCGAACGAGACGAACUUCAGGAUCCUGGCUGGCUUCGUGGAAGAAUUGGUCCGUGGCACUAAAUGCGACGUGGUUGCAACUUCGAUUCGAAACAUGGCUAGUUCCCACUAUAAACUCGAUAUGAUUUUCAGAAUAAUUUUUAGAGAUAUGUGGUGGUCAUGGUGGAUGGCGCUCUUUUUCGGAGCGGUCUCUUUGGAGAGGCAAGUUGAGACCCUUCAGGUCCAGAAUCACAAACUUCAAACGCAACUGCAGAUGAAGUACGUGGACUUCGAGUUCGAUAGCGACAAAGAGAGGAAGGAGGCCAUCGACUCUGGCCGAUACGAUCGCACGAAAUGCAUUCCUAUAGACGUCGAUCGAAGGAAGGAUGGUCUCAUGUUCGUCACGGUAGUAAGAGACAAAGGCGUGCCUGCCUCGUUGACCACCGUGUCCGAUAAAAAGGGCCGCGGUGGUCCUCUCCUCAAACCUUAUCCAAAUUGGAGUUGGUACAAUCACAACAACUGCAACAAGCCACACAUCAUCGGCGUUUACAGAGUCGCGAUCGACGAAUGCGACAGAUUGUGGGUCUUGGACACCGGCAUGACGGGCUCGGAAGCCACGUGUCCUCCGCAACUUCUCAGCUUCGAUCUGACGACGGACGAAUUGCUGAGCGCAGUUACAGUGCCAAAGGAAUUUGCGGUGAAUUCCACCACGGGCAAAGGAUUGCUGGUGACGCCGAUCGUCCGGACGCUUGGUUCUGGAUGCCCGGAGACUCAAGUAUUCAUAGCGGAUCCAGACGGCUACGCUUUACUGGUGUACGACACCUGUUCGACCAAAUGGAGACGUGUGAUUUCGAGCGCGUUGGUCUACGAUCCGAAAGCGGUAACUUACACGAUAGCAGGAGAGAGUUUCGAUUUGAUGGAUGGACCCGUAGGAAUGGCCCUAUCCCCGACAGGACAGACACUUUACCUCAGCCCGAUGUCGUCCUACAAGAUGGUGUCUGCCAGCACCGACCAACUUAUUCGUGCGAAAGGCGUCGACGAUUCGGUGCCGUUCGAAGUGCACGAGAAGCUGGAUUCCCAAUUGAGUGCUAAGGCAAUGUCGAGCAAAGGAACUCUGUUCUUCGGAAUCACAGGAAACGCGUCCAUCGGGUGCUGGAACGAACGCAAAGCGCUAACCGAAGACAAUAUGAUGAUAAUCGCCCAGGAUCCUAAAAUCCUACAGUUCGUCAGCGGGGCGAAAGUUGUAAAUCAUAGGUAUCGACGGUCGCAAGAGUUGCUAGUGCUUUCGAAUCGUUAUCAGAAAUUCGUGACGGGUACAAUGAAUUUCGACGAGAUUAAUUUCCGUAUCCUGAAAGGUUAUGUGGACCUUUUGAUAAUGGGUUCUGUUUGCGACCCACGAACAUGAGGGCAUCAGGAUGGCCGAGAUAAAGUAGAAAUACUUACAGAAAGAUAAAUCGCUAAUAUAUUAUGAUUUUUAUUUAAAAGUAGUAAAUAUGUAAUAUUACGAAUAACAACAUAUCGAACAUCCAAUAGUUCACAGGAAGUGUUGAAAGCGUUCAACAUGAAUUAGUCUCUAGGACACGUUGGAUAUUUUCCGGUGAACAAACCGUCUUUACAUGGUUACGUUUGGCGUGACGGGAAGAAACCUGUAGCUUUAAAUUUAGUAAUCAUUUUCUGUGCAACAGUUUUAGAAGGAAUAAACGUUUGGGGAUAUUUUAUCGUGAAA